CUCACGUAUUUUACGUGUUUUUUGCCAUAUUUACAGGAUUUUAAGCUGACUCACGAUACGAUAGAUCCAGGGUGCCCGGAUGACUGCAUCGUCGACACGUACGAGUACCAGAUGUCAUCGCACGUAGCGCCCUCUGUGCGCUGGUCGAAAGUCCUAAAUAGGUCAUUGGCUGAAUCAAGGCAGAACCUGGUCGCACUGGAGGUGCACUACUCAUCUGUGGCGAACAGGACAGUGUGGAACGAACCUUCCUACUCCGCCGAAGAAUUGAUUUGUGACAUAGGCGGGCUGAUGGGAGCCUUUGCUGGCGCUAGUCUUCUCACGAUCCUCGAAUUACUGCACUUCAUCUGUAACCGGCGUCUGUCGGUGCCGCCGAGUGGCGGUGGCGGCGGCUUCGACGGCUACUACGGUGGCGACGGCGGCGGUGGCGGCAGCGGGCGAUAUAAUGUGCGCAAGAUAUUUGUCGUCAGUGAUGCCGACAAACUCCAGCCAAGUCGCAUGUAGCCACAUGUAUUACCACCAUCGAAAGUUCUAUAAAUGUCAAUCAACGUGUGAGCGACCGCAGAUUAUAGGAGAUAUUAUACGGUACUAUAGGCCUACCUUCUACUACUCAUAUUAUCGGGAGUGUAUAAUAUAGAUGUCUAAUAUGUAUAGUGUCUAUAUUAUACAUUCCUGAUAUGAUCUACAUUGUUAUUAGGGGUGAAUAAAAACAAAUUGUGCUUUUAUUUGCGCCUAAUUUUAUAGACAUUGUGUAGUUACUAUAUAGA